AUGUUUCGACUAUUAGUCGGACAGAUGGAGUCGCACGACUACGCGAAGAAAGCCUUCCAAUGGGCAAAAGCGCUGCGGCUUCUUGACCCCAGCAUCAAGCUCAUCUCAUGUGGAGAAAACGGAUACUCUGACUGGGAUAGGGUCACGCUUCGAAAACUCGCACCUGUCGUCGAUUUUCACUCCAUUCACUUAUACACAACAAGCCAUGGCAAACAUCUUGUAAACGUCAUGGGUCCCGCAGCCGCUGAGAAAGGAAUUGAAAUUACGCGCUCUCUCAUUGAUCUUGCAAAGAUUGAAGGCGGGCUCAGCAAAGACUUGACUGUCUGCUUCGAUGAGUGGAAUGUCUGGGAUCCCGUUCGUGCCCCGGGAGAAAAGGGUGCAGAAGAGCAUUAUGACCUCUCAGACGCACUUGGGGCAUCGCUCUCCGUUCACGUCGAUAUCCCCACGCCUGCACUAGUAUACACGGGCCCAACAUCUCCCAAAUUUGUCCAGGAUCUGAGUGUACAUACCCCGGAUUCAGCCAAGCUUACCAAGCUCGUGGACGUCAGUGCAGUCUUAGCUUCCGUCGGGCAAGGAAAAGAAAUUAGGAUCGCGAUUGUGAAUAAAAGCGAUGACAUGGACUUCAAGGUUCCCAUCCUGUUUGGCCCUCAGGCUACGGUGAAAGACGAGUUUACUGUAUACGAAAUUUGGCACGAAGAUCUCAAAGCUAACAAUGGGUUUGAUGGCGAGAGAGUGCGCACGGUCGUGAAAAAUGAUAGGCUUACUGGUAGCUAUAAUUUGAAAAGCCACUCCUUCCAAAGCAUUGAGCGUUUUUAUUGCCAACCAACCAUCAUUGUGCUAAUUAUAUCCCUCAUGAUCUGGUACCCGGAAUCUAUGGGCACACCAAGGAAGUUAAAGCAGGUUAUAUUCAUUGGACACACUAUUCUAAAUGCAAUUGUCGAUCUGGUCCUUAUCCAAUCCGUUUCAAUAAAUUCUAUCAUGUCCAAUUGA